AUGAAGAAACCGCACUCAGUGGCAAGCAUGCCCGAAGAGCUCAAUUUAGGAGUCUGCGUAACUCCAUCGGCCAUCGUCUGUCGAAAACGUCGUUCCUGCUCAUGCCACACGCAGAAAACCACGACAUCCCCAGCAUUCUUGAAUGACUUGAUCGGCCGUCUAUUCGAUGGCUAUGCCGGUCUAUCUGCCAUGAGCCCAGAAUGUGACAACAGAGAGUGCCAAGGAUCGCGCUCGAAAAUCAUACCCGACAACUCACGAUGCAUCAACUUCGCCGUCGAUGGAAAUAUUCAUGGCUUGAAGUUUCUCUUUGAUCGCGGCUUGGCCUCGCCUCGAGAUAUCAGCAGCACGCGAGGAUACUCUCUGCUUCGCUGGGCGUUAUACAGUAAGCAUUAUGAAGCCUGCAGGUUUCUCCUCCAGGCUGUCGCCGAUGUCGAAUACAGGCCGAUUGGGGCCUUUGAUAAUAGUCCCCGUAUCAUAGCAUGUCACUUUCUGCUGGAGGGCAAUCUCUCGGAGCCUGCCGUAGAUGCCCUGCGAGCUAUUACCAAGGGCAACGAUUAUCUGGAGGAUUUUAUCGAUGACUCUAAUUUUCCAAAGACGCACCGCAUCAUGUUAGGCCUCUCGGGUAGUGAUUUGGAGGCUGAGCUUCUUCUCCAUCCCGAGGAAAUCGACUUGCCAGACUCUAUGGGACGUACGGCUCUGGCAUGGGCUGCUGCUAGGAAUGAUAGGCGUGCUGUUGUUACGCUGCUCAGAUAUGGCGCAGAUCCAAAUAUCAUUGAUGUACAAAUAUUGGGUGCUCUAUCUAAUGCAGCAGCUCGGGGCCAUACUGCAUGCGUUAAACUUCUUCUUGAUGCUGGGGCUGAUCCUGACCCACCGUUACCAAGCGGUAUCAAGAAAGGUAGUCCGCUGAACAUUGCUGCCCCGAAUGCCAACGAUGCUCUCCGUGUCAAGAUCCUUUUGGACUUUAGAGCGGAUGUCAAUCAAGCCAGUGUAGAUGAUAAAACGGCCUUGUUUUACGCCGCGCAAAAAGAUGAUGCGAUGCUUGCGAUUCUCUUACUUGAAAACGGCGCGGAGAUCAAUAUGCCCUCCUCAACGAGGGACAUGCCACUUACUACAGCCAUUACACAUAAUAGUCACCAUGUGCUGCAGCUAUUUCUUGAACGUGGGUAUGAAUAUUCUGAAUGUCCUCGGCUGAAGGGGCCACAUCUUCUCGAUGCCACUGCGCUCUACGCAGAUCUGAAAACAAUCGACAUUCUAGCAAAUACCAACCACUUUCGUCUCAAAUACGAUAGGCACUUCGCUCUUGGAGAUUUUAGAAAGACGUUACGUGACCGUAAAGAUGUCACUGAAAAGCUGAGCUUUGCUUUUGGCGAGUUGCUACGGAUUUCCGAGGGCGCUUCCCAUGUAGCAGAGUCUGAUAAAAGGCUCUUGGAAGCUUGGUUUAUGCAUCAUGCGUCAUUUGGUGCUCAGUAA